GUUUACAUCCACAUAAAACGCGUCUUGAGAUUAAAUCGACAAUGUACUAUAGAUAGCUUGUAAAUAGUCAACACGUGGUGGUCACACGAUAACCCGGAUAUAAUUAUAUAAAGAUAACGAGAUGGGGGUGUUCCUCUCACGAAAUACAGAAUCCUAUUUGCUGGUAGGAUGCGGAGUUUAUGUGUGUUUAUACUUCUAUAUUAAACUGAAGAAAGGGAAAUGCAACAGCAAGAAAACCUUGGAAGGAAAAACGAUUGUGAUAACUGGCGCAAACACAGGGAUUGGAUUCGAAAUAGCUUUAGAUCUUGCCAAGAGAAAUGGACGGAUUAUUCUUGCAUGUCGAAAUUCUGAGAAGGGAGAGGAAGCUAAAAAUAGAAUCGUACAGCUGACAGGAAAUACCAAUGUUAUAUUUAGACAAGUUGACGUAAGUUUGAUGUCAUCUGUAAAAUCGUUUGUCGAUGUCAUCAGGCGGGAAGAAAAUAAAGUGGAUAUAUUAAUUAACAACGCUGGAGUUGUGGUACAGAAUAAGAUAAUGACAGAAGAAGGAUUAGAACUGACCUUUGCCACAAACCACUUCGGACCAUUUCUUCUAACAACUCUACUGCUAGAUUUACUGAAGAAAUCUAAAGGACGGGUUGUAAAUGUAGGAUCAGCGGCUAGUGUGAUAGGAAAGGUCGACUGUGAUAACUUGAGGGCGGAGAAAGGGUACAGUCAACUCCAGUACCAUAACUCCAAAACUGCUAAUCUUCUAUUCACAAUGGAACUGGCCAGAAGAGAGAAAGACGUAACCGUUUGUUGUGUUCACCCGGGGACGGUCAGAACAAACGUAUUCCGUCAUAUGCCACUGCCCGUCAAAAUCCUCAUAUCUACAGUAUUCCGAGUAUUAACAAAGUCCCCAACAGAGGGUGCGCAGCCCGUCCUGUUCUGUGCACUUGAUGACUCCAUAGAGACGGGAGGCUACUACAUGGAUUGUCGUCUGUACGAUCACAGUUUUUGGGUUCCUAAGUCUGCCUACGACGUGGGACUCGCCAAGAAACUGUGGGAAACAACAGAGAGAAUUCUGGCGGAAUGUUGAUAUAUUUAAAAUGAUGUACAUCAGUCAGCUUUGGAGCCAGAUACCUUUGACUUGUUCUCUCCCUAUAAAAGAAUCUUUAAGGAGGUGUUUAAAAUCACAUGGUUACAGAGGAUGAAUACCGGCCAGUACAAUUUCUGAGGGGAAAGUACAUAAUAUGAUAUUGUUCAAUUUAUCCACAGCAUUAUUUUGUUUCAAAUAUUGCCUAAUGAAAAAAAAUUAUAGGUCCAAGUCUUUUUUAAUAUUAUAAAAAAAGGUGGCACAUCAAUAGAUUGUGUGAGAUUGCAAGAACAAAUCAAAGAUCCCAAAAGACGGGGAACCUUUUUUUAUACUAACGUGGAAAUUAAUGCAAUACAUACACGUACAUACUUAGACAUAAGUCUUUAAUGCAUUAUGUUAAGAUCUUGACAAUUUUGGGAAACCAUGAAUUCCAGCUUACUGUGACAUAUGGACAACAGUAUUUU